UUGCCAGGCACUUGCGGACAGGCGCGCACACCUUGCCAGGGGACAGAGAUGGACUCAAAAGUUCAGGAAGAAAUCCCUGUGCAUGAGGAAUUCUUUCUCUGUGGUGGAGUUGAAACCCAGAUUAUAAAAUGUGGGCCCUGGACUAACCUCUUUGAUGAACAAAGUAUCACCAAGCCAAAACUACUUAUCUUCAUUAUUCCUGGUAACCCAGGCUUUUCUCCCUUUUACUUGCCAUUUGCAAAGAGCUUAUAUUCUUUGACGAAAGGCCGCUUCCCAGUCUGGAUGAUCUCUCAUGCUGGGUUUGCCAUGGCACCCAAAGAUAAGAUUCUUGCAGCACCAGAUGAGACAAAUGCUCAGGAAAUUGAGGACGUCUAUGGUCUGAAUGGUCAAAUAGAACACAAACUGGCCUUUCUGAGAGCUCAUGUUCCAAAGGAUGUGAAGCUGAUACUCAUUGGCCAUUCCAUAGGCUGCUAUAUUUCUCUUCGGCUCAUGAAGCAUGUUCCUGAGCUGCCCGUCAUCCACACCUUCCUGCUGUUUCCCACUAUUGAGCGGAUGUCUGAGACGCCCAACGGCAGGAUUGCUACUCCACUUUUGUGCUGGUUUCGAUAUGUGCUCUAUGCUGCCAGCUACUUAGUCUUUAAGCCCUGUCCUGAAAUAAUAAAGUCCUUCAUAGCCACAAAAGCCCUUGAAAGACUGAACUUUACCUGUGAAAUUCCUGUGAACAGUGCUCUUCAACCGUUCUGCCUGGCUAAUGCUGCUUACCUCGGGAGUCAAGAAAUGGUACAGGUGCGGAAGAGAGAUGAUGAAAUCAUAAGGGAACAUUUACCUAAGCUGACAUUUUACUAUGGUAAAACAGAUAGCUGGUGUCCAGUAAAGUACUAUGAAGACAUGAAGAAAGAUUUUCCCGAAGGCGAUAUCCGACUCUGUGAGAAAGGAAUAUCACAUGCUUUUGUCCUUGGCUUUAACCAGGAGGUGGCUACCAUAGUUGCUGACUGGAUGAAUAAUAAGCUGCCCAAAAUAUAAACACUGGCUCAGGGAAAAUGCACCUGCAGCCAGUUCAUGGAGGCUGUAGGUGUGCUCUGCUUAGGGGUGGAUGUUUAAUCCUAAAGCUUGAAAAGGAAACGUGAGACCCUCUUGGCUGACAGACCACCAGCUCCCAUCUCCCUGUGCUUAGACUAAAGUGAUCACAGUUGACUCUUUCCACGUGUUCCCUGACUCGGGAAACAGUCAUCUCCACAGAGAUUCCUCUUUUUACAAGAAGCCCAACAGCACUGUACAGUGAAGUUUGCCCAACAGGAUCCUUACAAGCUGAAGAUAUUUGAAAUAUGGGUGAUUCUCAUUGAAUUAUUACCUUAGAGUAGAUUGUCCUGGGUGCAAUUAUGAAACAUAUACUAGAAAAUGAAAACCCACCCAUGAAUGUCAAGUGUGCAGUCAGGUGUGUGAAAUGUGAAGACAGACAAGCACCCCUCCCCCUUCUAGUUGCAGGGAGGAGUGAUCAGGGGAUGCUGACCGUGGACUUGGGGUCCCCUUCAGAUACUGGCAGAAAUCAAUGCAGACUUUGUACAGAUUUGGCUGAGGUCACCAGUAUGUCUUCCUGAUCCUGCUGCAGUAAACCAAGAAUCAAGGCUGCCUGACAUUAUCAACUAACUAGACAGUGGCUGCAGGAUCCUGACUCUGACCUGUCCCAGGAUGGCCAGCAAGCUCCUUCUGACCCUUAAAAAUGCCAGUUCCCUGCAGGCUCCUCUAGAGCAAGAAGGGAGGGAUGGACUGUCCACAUCUGAUAUGUAAGGCCAUGGAGUGGCUCAUCGGCGGGAUUCCUCCAAUGAAGCUCCAUGGACAGAAAGCAGUGAAGCAUUGAUGCCAUUCAUGAUGCCAUUUGGUCCUUCCCAUCUGAAAUUCUCCUAGGAUAUAAUCUUUGGAAAGGUUUUAAAUUGUUGAAUAAAACAUUAACAUAAA